AGGGUGCGGAUGCAAAGAUGGCGGAAGAAGAGAACCAGUGUGAAGAAUUUGAACAAAUAGACUUUUUAAGAGACCGACAUGUACGAUUCUUCCAACGAACGCUACAGAUUUUACCUGAGAGAUAUUCCUCUUUAGAAACCACCAGAUUGACUAUAGUGUUCUUCGCUCUUUCCGGGCUGGAUGUUCUGGAUGCUUUGGACGUGAUCGAUAAAAACUCUAUGAUAGAAUGGAUUUAUUCACACCAGGUUCUGCCUACAGAAGAUCAGUCCAACCUUAGUCAAUGUGGUUUUCGAGGCUCUUCACACAUUGGAAUACCGUACAGCACAAAGGGUCCGGGAGUGCCUCAUCCAUAUGACAGUGGACACGUUGCCAUGACAUACACAGGUCUCUGUUCACUGUUGAUUUUAGGAGAUGAUUUGAGUCGAGUGAACAAACAAGCGAUUUUAGCCGGACUCAGAGUUCUACAGCUGGAGGACGGCAGUUUUUACGCAGUGCCUGAGGGAAGUGAAAAUGACAUUCGCUUCAUCUACUGUGCAGCCAGUAUAUGCUACAUGCUCGACGACUGGUCUGGGAUGGAUGUUCAGAAAGCCAUAGAUUACAUUAGGAACAGUUUGUCGUACGACAGCGGUUUUGGCCAAGGAGCAGGUCGGGAGUCUCACGGUGGGUGGACGUACUGCUCCAUCGCUUCCCUGUGUCUGAUGGGUCGUCUGGAGGAGGCUCUCAGUCAUAAGGAGCUGGACCGGAUCCGGCGCUGGUGCAUCAUGAGGCAGCAGACCGGUUUCCACGGGCGACCAAACAAACCCGUGGACACAUGCUACUCCUUCUGGGUCGGAGCCACACUGGAGCUCUUGGACGUCUUCCAGUUCACUCACUUUGAGAAGAAUCGCAGUUUCAUCCUCUCCACUCAGGACCGGCUGGUGGGAGGCUUUGCCAAGUGGCCUGACAGUCAUCCAGACCCUCUCCACGCGUACCUGGGCAUCUGUGGCCUGGCCCUGAUCGGAGAGCCCAAUCUGAGGAAAGUGCACCCAGCUCUGAACAUCACUCAAAGGGCCUUCGAGCACCUGCAGCAGCUGCAGAGGACAUGGAAGGACAAGUGCAACAGACAGCACUGACAGAUCACAACACAUGAGGACCUGCAAACAGCUGAGAAUACACAAGGACCUGCUAUAGGCGCUUCACUGGAG